GCCGUUCCCCCACUCUCUCGAUUGCUUUACUAGCUUCCCUCAGAGAGUCUGUGCUUUCUUAUCCCCCAAUCAUGUCGUUGCUCGUCCAGAAGACCGCCGGUGGCCGCGAGUACAAGGUCAAGGACAUCUCCCAGGCCGACUUCGGCCGCCUCGAGAUCGAGUUGGCCGAGGUCGAAAUGCCUGGUCUCAUGGCCUGCCGCGCUGAAUUCGGCCCCUCACAGCCUUUUAAGGGAGCCAAAAUCACUGGCUCACUCCACAUGACUAUCCAGACCGCUGUUCUCAUUGAGACCCUUACUGCUCUCGGCGCUGAGGUCCGCUGGUGCUCCUGCAACAUUUUCUCCACUCAGGACCACGCCGCUGCUGCUAUCGCUCGCGAUUCCGCUGCCGUCUUUGCCUGGAAGGGCGAAACUCUCCAGGAGUACUGGUGGUGCACCGAGAGGGCUCUGGACUGGGGGCCUGGAGGUGGUCCCGAUCUGAUCGUUGACGACGGUGGGGACGCUACGCUGUUGAUCCAUGAGGGAGUUAAGGCCGAGGAGAUCUAUGAGAAGACCGGCCAGCUUCCCGAUCCGUCUUCCACUGACAACGCUGAGUUUCAGAUCGUGCUGACCAUCAUCCGUGAUUGCUUGAAAGUCGAUCCCAAGAAGUACAGAAAGAUGAAGGACAGAUUGGUUGGUGUUUCUGAGGAGACUACCACCGGAGUUAAGAGGCUUUACCAGAUGCAGGCUAAUGGAACACUCUUAUUCCCUGCCAUCAAUGUCAAUGACUCCGUCACCAAGAGCAAGUUCGACAACUUGUAUGGAUGCCGCCACUCUCUCCCUGAUGGUUUAAUGAGGGCUACCGAUGUUAUGAUUGCUGGCAAGGUUGCAGUUGUCUGUGGUUAUGGUGAUGUUGGCAAGGGCUGUGCUGCUGCUUUGAAGCAGGCUGGAGCUCGCGUCAUUGUGACUGAGAUUGAUCCCAUUUGUGCUCUCCAGGCUCUUAUGGAGGGGCUUCAAGUGCUGACCCUUGAGGAUGUUGUUUCUGAGGCUGACAUCUUUGUUACCACCACUGGCAACAAGGAUAUCAUCAAGGUAGAUCACAUGAGGAAGAUGAAGAACAAUGCCAUUGUUAGCAACAUUGGUCACUUUGACAAUGAGAUUGACAUGCUUGGGCUUGAGAACUUCCCUGGUGUGAAACGCAUCACCAUCAAGCCUCAAACUGAUAGGUGGGUCUUCCCUGAUACCAACUCAGGCAUAAUUGUGUUGGCUGAGGGACGACUCAUGAACUUGGGUUGUGCUACCGGACACCCUAGCUUUGUGAUGUCCUGCUCAUUCACAAACCAGGUCAUUGCCCAGCUCGAGCUCUGGAAGGAGAAGAGAACAGGUAAGUAUGAGAAGAAGGUCUAUGUCUUGCCAAAGCACCUUGAUGAGAAGGUUGCUGCUCUUCAUCUUGGCAAGCUUGGUGCCAAGCUGACCAAGCUCACCAAGGACCAGGCUGAUUACAUUAGUGUCCCCAUUGAGGGUCCUUACAAGCCUCCUCACUAUAGAUACUGAGACGAUGAGAAAGCAAGAUAUUGGGAUGCCCAGAUUGUUGCUUUAUACAUCUUGAUGAUCUAUUGUGGCAGGUUGUUAGGUAAUGAUUUUUGUAGGAGUUCGUUUGGGUUGUUGGAAAGCAUGGUCGGGGAAAUCUCUGAAUGGGUCUCUCUUGGAAGAAGACCAGAUUGGGUUUUAAUAAGGUUUUGGUUGGGUUGCGUGGAAUAUAAUUUAACCUAUGCAAAUUGAUUUUUUAUGCAUCUGCUUAAGAGUUUGUUAUGAAACCUUUCAUAAAAGAAAAGGAGAAAAGAAGCUGCUUUCAUUCGCGUUGUACUAUUUGGUUUUGGUAUUGUUCAUAAAGGCCUAGAACUGAUGAAGUUAAGCCUCUACCAUCUUUAUUGGAAUAUCGUUGCUGGUUUCUGGUUGUUCUCUAGCUGAUAAUUGUGUGUUGGGAGAAAGUUACACUCGCUAAAAUUGUGGGAAAAAUUAUUGCCUUAGUUUGUGUCGCCUGUUUGAUAUGAGAGGAGGUUUCCCAAUUUUCUAAAGAAAGGUGAUUUAGCAGUUAAACACCUCAAGUUUAACCUUAUUCUACCAUUAUCCCUCACUAAUAUUUACCCUCCACUCAACAUCUUUUCUUCACACCUACCAUUUGGUAGGGCCUCUUAUUUUAUUGUCUUUUUGGUACAUUAGGGCCUCCUAUUGAAUAGAGAUUGGGAAUUUUC